UCGGCUUCUCUGCUCCUGAGCAACACAACCAUGGACCAACAACGGCCCUGGAGCAGGAGUGGCAUCAGUGGCAUCAGCCCUCACUCGCGAUCCAUGUCGGAGCGCAAGGCGAAGCGCUUCAGCCUCACCUUCCCUAUCCAAACAUCCUUGUCGCCGACGUCCACAACCCCCUCGCCAGUCCUACCCUAUACUCCUCUGCUGGCCGAAAAGCCAACCUUGGCCGCUGGUCCCACCGAUUCUGCCUUUCUCACCGCACUGGCCGCUCACGAGCGACGCGUACUGGAACUACGUGAGGAACUGAUCAAGGCCGAGCAUGAAUUACACCGCCUCAAGCAGACAUGGGCUGCACACGAAGCCCACAAGAAGCGCCAGCACGAUCCGCGCAGACUACACAAGAUGCAAUCCCUGCACUCCACCAUCGACACGGCCGACCCUGUACUCGCCUCCCGCCAGCAUGACAUUGAGCGGCGCAGAGCUCUAUUGACCAGCAACAAGAGUUCGAGCCGUACAGUCUUCUCUGGCUCUCGUCAUGCUCGUGCUUUGUCCUUGUUAUCGCCUGAUGCUAUGCGACCACCACCACCUCGACCACAACCUCACUCGCGCCCUGAACAAGACUCAGCGCGUCCCCCACACCCUACCCGCGUGCCCACUGACGCCGAUCUGACCACUGAGGUGGCACGUACAGCAGACGACGCUAUCGAUCUGGGUUUGCCUCGCGAGGUUCUGCUCAAGACUGGUAAACAAAUGGCUUCCGACUUUAGAGACGGCUUGUGGACUUUUAUUGAAGAUUUGAGGCAAGCUACUGUUGGCGAUGAGGGUAUCAAUGGAACAACUUCACGAACACAAUCUCGCUCUCCGAACCCGUCAAGGUCUCCCGGACCCCAAACUAGUAGAGGCGGUCUCAAACCUUCACCCAAUCCCCAGCCUUUAAAGAGAAGUGCCACAACCGGUAGUCGACGAACGAAUUCUCGCUCCCCAGCACCAUCUGCUGCUGAGGAGAUUGCGUACCUCGAUAUUGGCAAUUCCUUUUGGAAGGAACAUGAGCCGACACCCGCACCUAUUCUUCGCAAGCCAUCCAAGAAGUCUGUUCAUCCUCCUGCUAAAGUCAAUCGUGCCUCGACCACUUCUCUCGAUGCAUGGGAAAGUUGGGAUCCUACAGUCCCUGGCUCUGACCCGAAACCCUCACGAUCCAAUUCCUCAGUGUCUGAGCCUCGCACGUCUUCAAGCCCAGAUGGCACGAGUCCCGGGACCAGCAUGAGUUCGUCUAGAGACACAAAGAGAGACUCGUUACCGUGGCCUGCCUUGAACAAACUAGCCCCAAGCAAUCUCAGACGGACCGCUUCACACCUCAUGAACGAGUGGGAGAGGAGCUUGAGCCCUUCUCCCGGCGAGGGAGAUAAGCAGGGAGAUUAUAUGNGGAGAGCCAUUUCCCCUGCAGGGUCUUUCAAGGAGACCAAGAACGAUUGA